AUGCUAUUUAUUUAUGUAUUUGUAUUAUACAUGUUGCAAACGACUGAUCGAUACUAGCAUGCUCAAUAAGCAAACUAAAUAACAAAACAAUAAGCAAAUAGACAAACAAGGCAUGGAGUUCAUAAUGACACCAUAGGUUUAUAUAAUUUUUAAGCUAUUGCAUAACUUUUAUCGUGGGCUUUGAGUGCUGCGACUGUAUCAAGAAAUUCUGUAACGAAAAUAAAACCUAUCACCUUCUAUUCCCACUUCCAUGUAGCUCUCGUUCAACACAUUCACACAUUGCGCUUGUGCGAAUGUGUUGAACCUAGUGUUUGUGAAUAAGCGCGCGGCGUGACGUCACACUGUGAAUGAAAAGUCUGCCCAUCUCUCUCUCUCUCGCGUGGUCUAGGUUAUAAGUGUGAAGGGGACAGUUAAUGUUUAGCUUUUGUUAAUUUAAUGUUCAUAAAUAUAGUAUGUACUUAUUUUAUUAUUGUUUUAAUAUUUAUUUAUUAUUGUCUAAUUAUAAUUGCAUAAGUAGAUAAAAAACGAUAUGCAAUAGCUUUACCACGACAGCUCUCGAGUGCCGGCUCAGUGAAUUUGGCCCCUUCUUUUGUUGAUUUUCGGUUUCAUUUUUAAUUUUUAAUUAUUUGUUCGUCGUUUGUUAGUUAAUGUUCGAAUGUGAAAAUUGUUUGUUCGUCUUUUAUGUAUUUAUAAUUAUUAAACAAAUGAUCACCCUUAAGUCAGACUCCUUUACUAGAUAUCUUUAUUUUUAUCGGUCAGAUUAGUUAAUUUAGAUCAAUUAUCGUUUGUUCGACAACUAUUGGUGAUUGUCCGAUCAUAAAAACAAGUAAAUUCCCAAUUUUUAAUUAUUUUAUAUCUAAUAAGCAAACCAUCACCUCACGCCUACAUUGCGCAUGGCCGGUUUUGUCAGUCAGCUGCCAAUGGCCGUAUUUACUAGCGUUUUGUUAACAAGUGCGUUUAUACUGUGUAAUUAGUAGAUCAAAAAAAUAUUGAAAACUUCAACAAUACUUCAACAAAAAAAUAUCAGUGAAGACGGCCAAUUAAUCGUUAAAGUACGAUUAGCGCUGUUUUAAUAAAUUCAGUUAUUUUUAAUGAUAUUGAAUAUUAACAAGCACAUAGAAAUUUCAGUGAUAUCAAUAAAAUCAUCAAUAAAAAAAAUCCGAAAAUCAAAAAGGGGGCCCAAAUUCAUUGAGUCACGAAUACCACACGUGUAUUUUUUAGUAUCUACACUAGCCUGCUUUUUUUUUUAAAGAUUAAAUGGCCGGGUAAAAAGAUCUUUAAGUCAAGUCUUAUUUUUCUUCGUAUAAUCUGUUUUAAGUUAAAAAAUGAUAUUAUGAAACGAAAUUGAGAUGAAGUUGAUUAAUUUGAGACCUUAAUCAAUUAGGAUGAAAUUAAACGAAACGGGAUGAAAUAAAAUAAAUAAAAUGGCGUUUGUUUACUUAGACUUUUUAUGUGGACUUUUUGGAAGAACACUAGAAACCGCGUCUAGUGGCUUUGUUUCAUUUUCCCACGUUUAAGCAUUUCACAGAUGUUAGAUAGUUAGUAAACUACCGCUACUACACAUUAAUAGAAAUACUAAAUAAACAAAGUAAAACAACUCACAUAACUUCGCACCCGUGUUCCUGUCAAAAUCUCUACUUAAAUGCUAACAUUUUACAUUAAAGCAGUGAUAUAUAAAGGGGAAUGCCCACUCUCCAUACAUGACCAACAUUUCAUUUAUUGUAUAUAGCGAUGCUUGCUUAAAAUUAAGUGUUUAUUCUAAAUUCUAUGGUAAUUUAUAAAAACGCUUUUCACAUAAAAGGAAUCUAUGUAUGAUUUUUACACGUUAUUUUGAUUUAUUUCUUCAUGGUCGAAGUAAUUCGUGAAAUCGUGCUAGGGAAAUACGUUUUGCAAACGUUUUGAACCCUAGCAUAGUCAGAUCACUUGAUUUAUUUUCUGUUUAUACAUCCGUGAAACUAUAUACCGUAAACUUAGAACAGACGAACACGCCAUUUGGUUUUCACCCACUGGGUAUCCCGGAACAUUAGUGACACUACCUAAUCGCUGUGCUGCAGAAUUCUGCGUCGUUGGUCAUUGAAGAUCGCCUCGACGGCCCGUCGGUCGGGCACCCUCGGAUUGGCGCUACAAGUCUGGUUGUAAUAUUGACCGCGGGAACCCCCAUACUCUAACCGGGCGGAGAUCGGACGUUGGGUGACAUAGUGCAAGGUGGAGUCGUUUGGUGCGGUAGGGUCCUAAAAAUAUUCUUGGGUCUACUAACAUUUAUAGACUGUCUAGUCCCACAUACCCCGCGUGCCCCUUAGGUAUAUGCCCCUUAGGUAUAUCUCGUAGAAGAUUCGGCACCAUGACCGAAAAAAAGACGAACACAUAAUAACAAUAUUGAAUGUUAGUAUUAUAGCUUACUUUAUAUAUACAUAUAUUAAUAUAUUAUGUAUAAAUAGUUGUUUUAAUUUACAAUAUAUACAUCUUAUAUCCAUAAUUUAUAUUUUUAGAAAGCCCACAACUAUACAACGUUACUAUUUACAUAAUAAAAAUAUUUCCAAAUUGACACGUAAAAUCACUGAGUGUAUUAUCUAUGACUUUAUGUCAUCUGAUACUUAUUAUAUAGUGUUCACCUCGUUUUAUUUAUUGUCAUUCCAAAAUUAAAUAGUUCAUUAAAUUCAUUUCAUUUCACUUUUCAUAUAACAAACAAAGCUUUCAUUUUGUUCCCUUUGCUGCACCGAUAGUAAAAUCAAAUAAUCAAAUCUAUGAAUUGUACAGAGCAGCCAACAGGGUCAGGCAGAGUAAAGUGAUAAUCUGUGAGAGUAAUUUAGGACAGCAGCUUUGUCAGCUGCGCGGUGUCAGAAAUACGAAAACUGGGUUUUGUUGUUUUGUGAUACGUGGGCAAAUUUAACAUACAAUGGCUGAUAAAAGAAAGACUAAAAAACGCAAAGAUGACUUCGGGGAACCUCCAGAGUCUGAGAAGCCAACGAGCGAAGAGUACGCAGUCGCGAAAUGGCUCAAAGCGAACGUACCAACGAAGAAAACAAAAUUUCUAAAUCACCACGUGGAAUAUUUCACAGGUACAAAGGCUGUAGAUGCCUUGUUGACUUCAAAAUGGGCGACCGGCAAGAAUCCAGCGUUCACCACAAGAAUCGAAGUGACUCAUUACUUGCAUCGUAUGCUUUUGCAUAAACUCUUCCACAGGGCCAAGAAGGUCCCUGUGAGCGAGCAAGAAUUAAAAGGUAAAUCAAAAAAGAAGGAAUCCGAGAAGAUCAGUAAGAGCGGCGAUGAAAAGGAUGGAGAGAAAAGCCAAGCCAGCGCCUGCGAGGGAAAGGAUACAAAAGACGGUAAAGAGAAAGAGAAGAAGAAAAGGAAGAUACGUCUAGAGAUGCAUAUGGAGCAAGUUUUCCUAGAUACAGUCGAUGCUUACGUCUGGAUUUACGAUCCGAAGCCCUGGUACUACUGGGUCUGCGGGAUUCUGGUCGUCUUUGGAACGAUCACAGUUUGCAUGUUCCCACUCUGGCCGGCCACUGUUAGGAUAGGAGUAUAUUACCUGAGCAUAGCGGCGGCGGCUUUCCUCGUGAUGAUAAUAGGGCUGACCGUGCUCCGCGUGGUCGUCUUCUGUCUGGUCUGGAUCCUGACGUUGUCCAGGCAUCACCUCUGGCUGUUACCAAACCUUACCGAGGACGUCGGGUUCUUCGCGUCCUUCUGGCCUCUUUACCACUACGAAUACCGCGGUCCCGGCUCGGACAGCGACAAGGCGUCGAAGAACAAGAAGAAACGCAAGAAAGACAAGCUCUCCGAUGAUGAAACCGAAAAGACUCCGCUGAUUGAUGACAAAAGCACAGCCGAAGCUCAAGCCGAAGACGUCGGUAGCGGGGAUGCUAAAUCGUCAGAAUUAGAUGCAACAUCGGCCACUACAGAUAAACUGUCCGAAUCUGAAUCGGAGAACAGUCAGCGGUCAUCGACCGACCGGGACUUUGAGAUCGUCGACCACGAUGAAGUGGAACCCGUCGUGGGAGAUAAACCCCUUUAGGGUUCCCGGGGCGCGACCAGACCCGGGAUCCCCCGAACCGCCGAGACUAGCAGUGGUGGUUGUUUGUAAACAAAGGUAAGUCGAGGAGGGUAGGUAUUCGGCGAAUCUCGCGUAUCUGAUCGCACCUCAGUAUGAACACGCGCUGGGUUUGAGCAAAUACUGUGUAAGAGAGAAAUACGUUUUUGUACGUCAAACUGGGAAGGUGUUAUGCGAGAAAGUUGCAAUUAAAAUCACAAUUUUAAUUUUGUUCGUUUUGACUACUUAAAUUCCAAAAUUAGCUUUCUUAUAAUAUCACCCUUGAAAAUUCUUGUAAAUGUCCUAAUAUCAAUAUUAUUGAGUGCAUUUAUUAGUUGAAACCAAAAAUGAUUUGCUGUGAGAAAUGAAAUUUGCCAAAAUCAGCGCGUCCGUAAUAUUUGAGACUGUAGUUUGUAAUACGAUUUUAUUAAUAAACGCUGAAAUUUAACAAUUAAAUUAUUCCACACUCUCUUUCUCGCUUACAAGUUUUUCAACGCGAGCGACUGAGAUGGACCAUAUACUAAGAUGUUUAAUUGAAAAAUAAUUAGUUUUAAUGAAUGUUAGGAUUAUUUCAAAAUCAAGAGUUGUACGAAUUGGAAAAUAUUAAGUUCCUGUGUUUCCAGAAAAUUCGAUGUUUUGAUGCAACUCUGGCCUUUAGAUUUAAUUGACGGUAGGAUAAUAUUUUAAAAAGUAUUCCUCACGAAAUCCUUUGUCGAUCCAAAGCCUCUUUAAUAUUUUGUCUAAACUAAUUAUGUUAUGAAAAUAAGGUAAAGGAGAUGAGAUAGGAUUACUAUCGAUUUUGGAUGAACGUUUGCAAUUGACUUUGAAUUGAAAAUUAAUUACAAAAAUUACUAAUAUAUGUAAUAAAAAACGGGGUAUUUCAAUAAAUUUUUUGACAUUGACAACAUUUGACAGCUGUCAUCCUUGAUUAGAUCAGUGUGAUCUAUGUCAAAUAUUGUGUCAUUUCAUGAAUGAUAGAUUAAAAAAUGUCUAGAAAUAUUAAAUUAAAAUUUUGUUAUACUACUGAGAAUAACUUUAUUAAACUGUGAAAAUUGUGAGAUACACCUGUUAUUUAUAUUUAUUUAAAAACAAUUUUAAAACAUAAUCUUGCAUACUAUGUUAUGACAAAUCGAAUAAAUGCUUAACAAUAAAUCAUUUGUCUUACACUAGUAGUUAGAUAUAUCAGUUCAGCAGUUAAAAUAUGUUUGUUUUAUAACUGUAACUUUUUUAAAGAUGUCAUUUAAAAAAAAAAUUCAAAAUCGUCUAGAGCCAUAAAGUUUAAAAACUGGUAUUAACAAUGAAUUUCGUUUUAAUUCUAACAACUAUACUAAUACAGGAUUUCACUUUAUCUUGUGGACGGUAGAGGUAAGGGAAACCAUUUAUUUAUGUGAGUAAAAUUAAAGAAAUUUCCCCAAGUGUGGUAAUCAGCAAAUUAUAACGCAAAAAAAUGACCAAAAUAGUGCAGUAUAGCAAGCAGUAUGUUAAGAAGCUGUAUGAGUGAAAAAAAUUAAAGAACACUGAGGUAUCUUUCAAAUUACACCUCUUGCUAUGGUGGCGCCACCCUGAUUGGUUGCUUUUCGAUGGACACUUUCAUACAUAGCGUGUGCUCUUUUACCUUUGCUUUCCAUACUUUAUAAAAAAAAAAAUACUGAGUCUGCAUUAAAAAUCAAAUGAUAUUUUUGGUGGAUGAUAGUUUGCUAUACAUAUUUGUUUCUCCUUCUAUUUAUAUUUUUCACAGGCGAGCACUUCACUUUGCGUGUGACAGUAACCAUAUUGUAUUUGGCUUGAUGUAUUCACAAAUAUCACAAACAUUGAGUAAAAAAAUAAUAUCAAAAUAUUUACAUGUCAAAAAAGUUUCCUGUGUGUUUUUGUAUGGUAACACUAGCCCUACUUUUUUUAAUACUAACACUAUUUUUAAUACCGUUGUUUGCGUUAUCUGUGGAAACAUUCUUUAAAUAUUAUACACAUAAGUUAUUAAUGAAGUGCUCGCUUCAUUUGAAACUGGAAGAAAAAUGUGUUUCCUUUUCAAUGUAUUGUGACGUAAUUUAGGUAUUUAAUGUAUUUAUGCAAUAAAGCAUAAUAAUAAAAAUAAGUUUGUUUUGUCAUUUUAUUUACAUUGUAUUAAAUGUAUCAUUUGUGUUUUUUCUAUUUUGAACUAUAUUUUUUCGUAUACAUAUUUGAGAAUAGUGAUACAAAAUGAUUCUGAUUGGUUUUUAAAGCAACCCACAAACGACCUAUUUUUAUUUGGUGCUAAAAAUAAGUGAGCGAAAUUUCAAAUGUUAGUGAUUUUAGGAAAAGUGUGCUACGAAUUUUGUGCAUUUAAAAAAAAAAUCGAAAUUGAUUUUUCUGGAACGUUUUCGUGUCAAAACUAAUCUGUGUAAUGACAAGUGUAUCGAUCGAUGGUUAUUUAAUAAAACUAUUGUAUUUUA